ACUGACAGCUCAAGGACUCUCUUGCUUAUUUAUUUCUUUAAAAUAUACACUUUCUAGUUACGUCUGAGUUCCUUGGUAAUAUUUUUGAAAAUAGCAUUUUCUUCAGAUAGGUUAUAACGAUAAUCCUGAUAAACCUAAUCAUGAUCCUAACCACUGAAGGAGCUUCGGGGAGUGAUGGGAUUGAAGAUCUGAUAUGAGGUUGAAGAGAUAAUCCAUUCUUGAAAGUCUGUAAAAUGUUACUGAACACCUUGUGUGCACAUACCUGUAAUUCCUUUCCAAAAAACCUGUUCUAUUUUCUAAAGCAUGGACUAAUCGUUCAGCGGUUGUUGGGUAAGAAACCUAACUGCAGUGGACAUGCUCAUGUAUCUACAAAGCCUAGCUCUGUGGACUGGAUUAAACAAGGGAGGACGAUACAUCAAAACCUGAAUGACAAUAGAUCCAGUAAUAACUCAGUAUGUCCCCAGCCAUUAAUAAGAUCGUUUCACAGGGAGACUGUGAUAAAUGGACAAGAGGAUGAUGGAAGUGGUGGCAGGCAGACGUCUGCUGAGGGUCUUACCCUGCACAACCUCACUCAUAGAAGUCUUGUUUGUGUGGAAGGACCGGACAGUGUGAACUUUCUUCAAGGUCUUCUCACAAAUGAUGUCAACUUGCUUGGCUCCGACAGACCAGUCCAGUAUUCAAUGAUGUUGAAUGCUCAGGGUCGUGUACUCUAUGAUCUCAUCUUGUACUUAAAGGAUUCAAAAAUCUUCAUUGAAUGUGAUGCUCAAGUUAGAGAUGAAUUCAUUAAAACAAUUAAAAAGUAUAAAAUAAGAAAGAAGGUAGAAAUAAAUAAGGUAGAUGGUGAAUGGAUGCUUCAGGCAGUUGUUACAUCGUCUUUGAAAGGAAAUAGCGCUUCACCAACAUGGAAUGAAUCAGUAUUUUGUGUAACAGAUCCUCGAGUGAAAGAUUUCGGCUGGAGACUUAUACAUCAUUCUUCAUGUGAUAAAGUUUGUGCUGAAAGAAUAGAAGAAAAAGAUGUAUCUUUGUACAACGAAAGGCGAUAUAUCUGGGGCAUUAGUGAAGGUAUAAGUGAUUUACCACCAGGAGAAUGCCUCCCACUUGAGAGCAAUCUAACUUUGUUUAAUGGAGUAAGCUUUGACAAAGGUUGUUACAUUGGACAGGAACUGACAGCUAGAACCCAGCACACUGGUGUGACAAGAAAAAGACUAAUGCCUUUAGUUUUUGAAAGGGUCCCAUCAGGACUGCAACCAGGCUGUAUUAUUGUGCGGGCAGAUGGUAAGAAUGUUGGAAAAUACCGCAGCUCGUUCGGUAUUCAUGGCAUCGGACUGAUACGAAUUGCUGAAAUCAAGGGAGAACUAAGUGUGCAUAGUUCAGACGGAGACAUUCUCAAGUUAACAACACACGUCCCAAACUGGUGGCCAAAAUGAGAUUUUAUUUUGGAACAGUAUCACUUUAUGACCACACUGAUGGGUUUCACAGAUCCAAACGACAUGGGGCCUAAUUCACUAAACUCUCGCAACUUUGCGAUAUCACAGUGCAAUGCUAAAAGACUUGCAAAGAAGAUGCUUUGAUGUAUAACAGAGCCUAAGAGAGCUUUGUGAAUUAGGCCCCUGGUCUGUUCUAACAAUAAAAUAACAGAAUACUGUUUUCAGUUACUACAGGAAAAAGAAUGUAACGAUUACUCAAGUGGUUUGUCCCCUAAAUACACAGAGGUUUUAAUGCAAAAUAAAUUUCACCCACACUUUCAUGCACACACUUUGAUAAACCAUGUUGUUAGGGUGAAAAACAACCCAAGGAAAAUAUUGCUAAAUUGUGUUUUAUAUGUAUGCCUGUUGCAUCAAAUGGAUGAGUUUUACCAUUUCUUCUAUAUUCCUAUAAAGGAAAUCCAAUUUUGUUCUGUAUAUACAGUGUGUUGCUGGGUGGUAUGCAGCCCAUUGGUAAAGCACUCGCCUGAUGCACAAUCGAUCCCCGUCAGUGGGCCAAUUGGGCUAUUUCUUGUUUCAACAAGUGCUCCACAACUGG